GGCCACCGAUAUUUUACGCUCGGGUCCAGGGUUUAGGGUUAGGGUUUUCCGCUCGGACGAAGUUUCUAUAAAGAAACCCCAAACUUCUCUGUGCCAACAGCCGUCGUCAUGUCCAACAACAAUGCAAGCAACAACCUCAUUAUGGCACAAAGGGCCGUGAAGCAGCUCCGGUUAGAGGCCAGCGUCCGGAGGAUCAAGGUGUCCCAGGCUGCUGCUGACUUGAGAAACUUCUGUCUGCAAAAUGCCUCCAAGGACCCUCUCCUGGUCGGGGUUCCCUCCAGUGAUAACCCCUUCAGACCCCCCAAGUCCUGCUCGCUGUUCUGAGCAGAAAGCAACAUGGAGGACUUCUGAACUUUAUCCUACAAAGGUCUUUCUUCACUUCUACUUGAUAUUGCUGUAGACCUACCAGCAGCUUCUUUUGGGAUGAUGGGACAAGGGGCUGAUGGGUUGGGUGGGGGGACCCGUCCGCUUGUUUGUUAAGACUAAUGGUAUCAUAACUCCCACUUGUUACAUUCUAAACAGUGCCAAACUUUGCGUGUUCAGAAAAAAAAAACUUGGUCAUUUACACUAAGAUGACAGACGGUUAAGGCAUUCUAGGUUCACCCAGUACUACACAUGCCCAUGUCAAACAGUGUGUCUUCAAUCUGGGAAAUUUAGCCCAUGUUAUGAUAAGAUUGACUUGCAACAAGAAGCAGAACGCCUUCAUGUGUUUUGUGAAGCAUUGGGAAAAGAGUCAAACACUAAUUCAAACCUGGUGCUAUUCAGAAUAAGGGUGUGUUGUCAUGCAUACACUGUAUUUUAUGUUACUUAACUGUAUAAUACACUACAGAGGUUUCUGUUAAAGGAAGAUUUAACUGUGUGAAUGAGGCCAUCAGAGGUACUGAUAUAUUGCUGAAUUCUUUGAAGCUAAGUAUUUGUGUAUAAAGUGAUCCAUACAUGUAUGGCAGCAGUAAAUGAACUACUGCUUUUCCCAGGUACAAUGUAAUGAUACAGGGACACUGACCCUACCGAGUGCUAGACACAGUGCUGUUCCAUGUCAUUUUAAUGAAUAGUGUGACAUGAUUGGUUUGCCUUUCAUCCCGUCCAUUAUUGUGUAUUUAUUUAAAGGCCUGUGAGUGCAUUCCAAUGAAGAAGUUUUUAUUAGUAUAUUUGUUAAUUGUUUUUAAUUAAAAACAAACAAUAUCAACACAUAGGUCAAAGCAUACAACUGUUAGAUUACUUGGUAAAGAAAGUAAUGCAUUUUAACUGCAGAUGCACUCAUGGCCAUACAGCAAAGGUUCUCCUUUGGAAAAACACCAACCCUUGUUAAUAAUCAUUGAAUUAUGCUGUUGUGAUUUGUUAGAUUAACCAUUUUCCACACUGGAAUCAUAUGUCUUUUGACCAAAACUGAUGUAAACUGAAGUUUUUAAUACCGUUAAUCUGCCUUAACUUUGCUACUAUGGGCGUCUUUUCAUUAAAUUACUUUUUUCAGACACU